AUGAGACUUCAGAGCAUUGCGAACAUCCUGGCAGCGGCAGUUACAUCCGCCUCCGCAGUUCCCCUGAGCCUGGCUAGUCCACAGGAAACUCGUCAAACGAAGCCUCCCUACUUCCUCCUCACCGGUGACUCAACGGUGGCUGUUGACGGUGGCUGGGGUGAUGGAUUUUUGACUUUCGUUGAGUCGCCUGCCGACGGGAAGAAUUAUGGCAAGAGCGGCGCAACAACAGUAUCGUUCAGAGACCAAGGGAUCUGGGAUUCAGUGAUUGCAGAAGUCAAUGCGAACAAAGGUGCCUUCAACCCGAUCGUCACGAUUCAAUUCGGGCACAAUGACCAAAAGGCCGCAGCGAAUAUUUCCUCGGAGCAGUUCCAGGCCAAUCUUCAGACCUUGGCAACCGAGGUUACAGCUGCGGGCGGAAUACCUGUUAUAAUCACGUCUCUUACCCGCCGUACCUUCAGCGGCGGCAAGGUGAUUCAAAACCUCGAGACCGAGCGUCUUGGAGCUAUUGCUGCCGCUGAAGCCGUGGGUACUACAUAUCUCGACCUCAACACUGCCAGCACCAACUACCUCAACGCCAUCGGCAACGAGAAUGGACACAAGUACGACCUCUCUCCGGGCGAUUCCACGCACUUGAACACCGCUGGUGGGGUUGUCUUUGGCCGCCUGGUUGCUGAUCUUCUUUUGGAGAAGCGCGAGGACCUUGCAGAAUUCAUCAGGGAGAACAAGGCCCUGAGUAUCAAGCUCAAGAACGGGGAGUUUGCCAGUGGAGACGAGACCGAUUGA